AUGCUUCGGGCAGGAGCCUCCUCGCUCGCAGCCGCAGCGCCAUGUGUGCCAUGGAGCUUCCUGGUCUACGGUAUCCUGGCCCUGACGCUCCUGAGGCAGGCCGGCCGUCUGCUGCACCGGCUGUGGUGGCGUCCCCGGCGGCUGGAGCGCGCGCUGCGGGCACAGGGCCUGCGCGGCACGCCGCACCGCCUCCUGGCGAGCGACCUCAGGGAGAACGCCAGGAUGAACAGGGAGGCCUGGUCGAGGCCCCUGCCGCUGCGGUGCCACGACAUCGCGCCCCGCGUCGCGCCGUUCCUCUGCAGGAACGUGCGGGAGCACGGGAAGCAGGCGUGGCUUCUCUGGUUCGGCCCGGUGCCCAGGGUGAUCGUCGCCGACCCGCAGGUCGCCAGGGACGUGCUGUCCAACAAGUUCGGGCACCUGGAGAAGCCCAAUUUCCCGGCACUGACCAAGCUGCUCGCCGACGACGUCGCCGGCCUUGAGGGCGAGAAGUGGGUCAAGCACAGGAGGAUCCUCAACCCCGCAUUCCAUGUCGAGAAGCUCAAGUUUCAGAGUAUGCUGCCGGCGUUUUCCGCAUGCUGCGACGAGGUGGUUAGGGUUAGAUGGGUGGAGUCUGUGAUGAGCUCCGACGGUUGGUGCGAGCUGGAUGUUUGGCCGGAGCUCCAGAACCUCACUGGAGACGUCAUUCCUCGCACCGCAUUCGGCAGCAGCUACCUCGAGGGGAGGCAGAUUUUCCAGCUGCAGGCAGAGCAGGCUGAGCGCCUCGUAGCCACCGUUCAGAAGAUCAUCAUCCCAGGCUACUUGUAUUUGCCGACCAAAAACAACAGGAGGAUGCGUGAAAUCAACAACGAAGUCAGCUCGCUCUUACGAGGAUUGAUCGAGAAACGAAUGCAGGCCAUGAAAGAAGGCGAGAGCCACGGCAAAGACGACUUGCUGGGUCUGCUUCGCGAGUCAAACAUGAGAGACACGGACGAGCAUGGGCAGUCCAGCCUGGGGAUGACAAUCGAAGAUGUCAUCGAGUGCAAACUCUUCUACUUCGCAGGAAUGGAGACCACGUCCGUGCUGCUCACCUGGGCAAUGGUCCUGCUAUGCAUGCACCCGGAGUGGCAGGACCGUGCGAGAGAGGAGGUCUUUGGCCUGUUCGGGAAAAACAAGCCGGAGUAUGAUGGCCUCAGCCGGCUCAAAACUUGUAGGAAACUUGUUCUAGACCAGGGGUUCUCCGGCUGUACCCUCCGGCCUCCGGCUAUCUCGAUCAGCCGGAAGACAUACAAGGAGAUAGAGAUCGGCGGCGUCAGGUACCCUGCCGGGGUUGUGAUGGACCCGGAUCUCUGGGGAAGCGACGUGCACGAGUUCAGGCCGGACAGGUUCGCCGAGGGGGUCUCCAAGGCGCCCGCCGCGUUCUUCCCGUUCGGCUGGGGGCCACGCACCUGCAUCGGCAUCGGCCAGAACUUCGCGCUGCUCGAGGCCAAGAAGGAUCUGAGCAUGAUCCUUCAGCGGUUCGAGUUCGAGCUCGCGCCAUCCUACACUCAUGCGCCACACACCGUGAUCACACUGCCCCCGAUGCAUGGGGCACAGAUUAAGCUCAAGGCGGUGGCCUGA